AUGACCAAGCUCAUCACUGUGUUCGGCUCCACAGGCAACCAAGGAGGGUCCGUCGUCCGCGCCAUCCUGAACCAUCCUACGCUCUCGAAAGAAUGGAAAAUUCGCGGCAUAACCCGCAACAUCAACAAACCUGAUGCGCAAGCCAUGGUCGCGAAAGGCGUUGAGAUGGUACAGGCGGACCUCAGUAGCAAAUCCUCCAUCCUCUCCGCCAUCCAAGGCUCUUCCGCUGUCUUCGGCGUAACGAACUAUUGGGAAAAGGGUACCCUCGAGCACGAAGUGAUGCAGGGCAAGAACCUUGCCGAUGCAGCGAAAGAAGCGGGCGUCGAGCACCUCGUUUGGUCCUCGCUGCCUUACGUGUCCAGGAUCACAGAGGGCAAGCUCGUCAACCUGCACCACUUCGAUUCGAAGGCUAUGGUGGAAGAUUACGUGAAAGAGCUGGGCGUCCUGGCAUCCUUCGUCCUCCCAGCGUACUUUAUGUCGAAUAUUCCGAAUUCGAUUAAGCCGGAUAAAAGCGGGCAGUCGUAUUCGCUCUCUUGGCUCUUCCAUCCAGACACCGCGAUUCCGAUGCUCGACGUGCCGCGAGACUUCGGAAAAUUCGUUGCGGCCUGUCUUGCGAACCCUUCGGCCACGCUUGGGAAGCAUACCCUCGCUGCUUCAGGAUGGUUCACUCCACUUGAAGUAUGUAAAGCCGUGGAGAACGUUACGGGAAAGAAGUGCGAGUUCCAUGAGGCACCGAUUGAGGACUACCAAGGAAGCAAGGAGUUGUUCGAUAAUCUGAUGAUGAUCCGGGAGUAUGACUAUUACGGGUCUGGAGCGAAAGCGGGAGUCAAGAGCAGUCAUGAGCUAGUGGAGAAAAAGCCUUGCACUUAUCGUGAAGUCUCCUUCCCUAAUGCCACCGAAUGGUAA